CAUUUUCCAGCGUGCUAGCUUACGACAAUGGUUGGAGGCGGAUGGACAAGGGAAGAAAUCACACUUUUGAUUAAUCUAUAUAAAAAUGAAAAUUUGUUGUACAACAACAAAAAUGGAUAUUAUUUCAACCGCAACAUGAGGGAUGAAGCAAUUGAUAGAAUUGCUGCGGUGGUUAACAAGGGCAAGGAACGUCCUAGGACUGUGCAGGAAGUUAGACGCAAAAUCAAAACUUUGCGCUCACAAUUUUCUUUUGAGAAACAAAUAAUGGAGAGAAGGAACAAGCCAGGAAUUGACCCAGAAGACGAAUACAAGCCGAGAUUAUGGUGCUUUGAUUCAUUGUUAUUUUUAAACGACCAUACAAUACCAAGAAAAAAUAAGCGUAAUUAUGACUAUAUAACACUUGAUGAUAGUAGACUACAUGCACAGCAAUCAAACCCUAAAUUUGAGAGCACUACGUAUUAUAUGGGGCCGCUAAGCACCGAACAGCUAAAAAGUAUUUACUCAGAGACACCAGAAGUUGAGAGACCUACAUUUUGGACUUUAGCGAGCAUUCCACAACUGGAAACCACUAACUUAGAGGGUAUUCUUGUAAAACAAGCAGAUGAACAAGAAGAAACAGGUUGGCAAGAAGAAGCAGAUGAGCAAGAAGAAGCAGAUGAGCAAGAAGAAACAGAUGAGCAGAAAGAAGCAGAUGAGCAAGAAGAAACUAAGGUAUUUGAAAGAAGUGAACUCACCCAUCCUGAAACAAUGGAGGACAAAUCUUCUGAGAGAUGGGAACUGAGCAGUCUUGAAUCAGUGGAGGAUAGAGCUUCUGGCAAAUGUAAAAUGAGCAGUCCUGAAACGUGGGAAGCUUCAAAGAGGCAUGAACUGAGCAGUCUUGAAUCAGUGGAGGAUAGAGCUUCUGAGAGACGUCAAAAUAGCAGUCCUGAAACGUGGGAUAACAGAGCUUCAAAGAGGCGUGAACUGAGCAGUCAUGAGACAUUGAUGAAAGCAGAAGGCUCUGCAUUGGCAAAAUCCAUUCCAUGGAAAGAAGACAGAUGUGAUAUAUUUGGAAAAUAUGUUGCCUCGGAAAUGAAAGUAAUAACUGAUGAAGAACUGUAUUUAGAUACAAAAUGUGCAAUAGAAGACAUUAUCACAGAUGCUCAAAGAAGAAUGAUGCAGAUUUAG